UGCAGAGGGCCCUGACCGAGCGCCAUCUUUCGCCGCCCGCUUUCGGACCGAAGACGCCAUGUUUGCACAACUGAGCGGCUUCUUUUCACCGAUCGAGAACGAGCGUAAGCAACUGGCGCAGCCGUUGCUAGUGAGGGCACAUGUUCCUAGAAACAUCAACAUUCGGACUCACCGCCUUACUGCUACGUCAUAUGCCGAAUAUUCUGCCGGGGUCCCUUUGACUUGGCGUUUUGGGCCCAGGCACAAUCAUGUGAUUUCUGAUUCUUCAAACGACAUUGGUGGAGGCAACUUCACCUUCUUCAAGCAAAUGGCAAUGGGAGAAAGGAUAGCAGAGCUUCCUCCGGACUUGCAAUAUAUCCAGUAUGAGCACAGUCUAGAGAAACAGUACCUGCCGGCCAUUCGGAGCUUGAUAUCCAAGGAUCUCAGCGAACCGUAUAGCAUCUAUGUCUACCGUUACUUCCUCUAUCACUGGGGCGACCUGUGCUUCAUGGCAAUUGAUCCCAAGACCUCCGCGCUCAUAGGCGUCGUCGUCAACAAACUUGAGAUCCACCAAUCCCACUCCCCACCCACCCUCCGCGGCUACAUCGCCAUGCUCGCCGUAUCCUCGUCAUAUCGUGGCCACGGGAUCGCCACAACGCUCGUUCAGAAAGCCAUCGAUGCAAUGAUUGCACGUGAUGCGGAUGAGGUUAUCCUUGAGACGGAGGUCUCGAACACGGCGGCCAUGAAGUUGUAUGAGCGCCUCGGGUUCCUACGGAGCAAGAAGCUGCAUAGGUACUAUUUGAGCGGGAGCACGGCGUAUAGACUGGUGUUGCAGUUGAAGUCACAGUUGGGUUGAGGUUUGGUGGCGUCGAGAUGGGGGUUUAACGAAAUGCGUUAUGACACAAGCGAAGACUAUCACGGUUUUUCGGAUUUGAUCAAUGAAUAUACCACAUUCAACUGUCUCCUCUUGUGUGUUAUAUCUUAUACAGAUGUUUUUGGGGGGCUCUCAAGUUUCUAACGGGCAAUCAAAGUCCCAAUCUCGAAGAGUGGCCGAAGGGUGGUUCAACUGAAUGAUACGCAGAUUGGCAUUUGUAUGAUGGUAGUGGCACCACAGACACUACAAAGGCAAAACAGGAAGACAGUCAAAUUAAGAAUACUCG